AUGAUGGAAUCUGAUAACCCCUUCAGCACAUCAGAGGCAAUGAUGAAUAAAAGGAACGUUGGAGGAGCGAGUGCGAAUAGCAGAGAAGGGUCCAGCAACGGCGGAGGCCUACCGCUAUAUCAGGGGAUGCAGAAGGAGCAGACGGUUUUUGAAAGAGGUAACGCUCAACUGGACUACAUCCUGGAAAUGGGUCAACAAUCGUUCGAGGAUAUCAUGGAGCAAAACAAGAUUUUAUCCAAAGUACAAGACCAAAUGUCAAAUGGCCUCAGAACGUUGGGUGUUUCGGAACAAACCAUUUCUUCUAUUAACAAGAGAGUUUUUAAAGACAAACUUGUCUUUUGGAUUGCAUUAAUCCUUUUAAUCAUAGGUAUUUAUUUUGUCUUAAAAUGGUUAAGGUAG